GCCGCGGGGGGCGUGGCCAGCGCCCUGUGCGCAGCCGCAAUGUCGGGCAGGAAGCGGCGCGCGGCCUGGCCUAGAGGCCCGUGCCCGUGGUGCGCGUACCCGCGGCCUGCAGCGGGGCCGCGCCCGGCCCAGGCCGUGAGCAGAACGACCUCAGCCCCCGUCGCUAACCGAUGAUGGGCGUGGCCGGAAGGGGCGUGACCACCGCAGGAAGCGGAAGCGUUCUAUGAGAAUGGAGUCCGUGUGCGAGCGGGUGCUGCUGGAGGUCACGGGGGUCUCCAUCCACCCCAGGCUCCGCCCCUCCCCCCCCCACCGCGACGGGCUCGUGAGGGGGAGACUGCGCGUGCUCGAGGGGGCCGAUGGGCUUGUGCUGCACUGGGAACCACUUGAGGCGCCGGGGGAGGCCCCCGAGGACACGGAAGGGGCGGAGCCACCAGACCCUGGCUAUGAACCUGACUGGGCCGUCCUGAGCCCCCCCCGGCCCCGUCCCCAAGCCCCCGGUUGGGUGUGCGGCUUCCGCCUGGCGCUGGGGGAGCUGUGGGGGCUGCGCUGGGGCCCCCCCGGCCUGCGCCCCCCGUUCCUGGUGCUGCUGCCCAAGGGGGGGCCCUGCCCCUGCCCCCCCCCCUUGCACUUCCCACGGGGGGGGGCCCGGAAGCUGCUGCAGAUGCUGGGACCCCAUUUGAGGCCGCACCCCCAUGACCCCCGCUUGUUCCUGGUGACCCCCCCCGAAGAGGCGGGGCCAGGCCCCUCCCCCAGCCUUGUUACUCGCCUGUUGCAGGGUCCCUAUGCAGCCACCGUGGGGGGGCUGAGCCGCCUGCUGGGGGGGGGGAGCCCCCGAGGCCCCUCCCCCUGCGAGGAGGGGGCGGAGCCUGAGCCGCCCUUUGAGGUCAUCGCCUGUGUGAGGCUGGGGCCCCGCCCCUCCCCCGCGCGGGGGCCGCCGGUGACGCAAGAGGAGUGGGGGCGGAGCCACGACCCCGAGGGGCGGAGCCUGGACCCGGAGGGGCUGCGCGCGCGCAUCUUCCGGGGGGGGCUCAGCCCCGAGGUUCGGCCCCAGGGCUGGAGGCUGCUGCUGGGGGGGGGCAGCGAGGACCCCUCUGAGCGGAGGGCCUCCUAUUUCCGCAUGAAGCUCCAGUGGCGCUCGCAGAGCCCAGGGCAGCUGCAGCGGAACCGGCUCCUGCGGCGCUACCGGCACCGACUGGAGAAGGACCUCGCUCGGUGCCAUGGGGACUCCUCCAGCCAGCAGAGGGCGCUGAUGCACGACGUGCUCAUGACCUACUGCAUGUACCACUUCGACCUGGGGUACGUGCAUGGCAUGAGCGAGCUCCUGCCCCCCCUCCUGAGUGUGAUCCCCGAUGAGGCCGAGGCCUUUUGGGGGUUCAGCAGCAUCAUGGAGCUGGUGGGGAGCAGCUUUGGGCCAAGCCAGGAGAGGCUGAAGCAGCAACUGGGAGAAGUGGGACAGUUACUGGGGGUACUGGAGCCACGGCUGGAGGUCAGGGGGACCAGGAGAUGCUGCUCCCGGUGGCUCCAGCUCCGGUUCCAGCCCCUGAUGGGGCUUGAGGGGACCAUGAGGCUGUGGGAGGUGCUGUGGACGGGGCUGCCAUGUCCCAACUUCCUGCUGCUGGUGCUGAGCUCCCUCCUGGUGCUGAGCGAGGCCGAAGAGGAGGAGGAGGAGGAGGAAGAGGAGGGGGAGGGGGAGGAAGGGGACGGGGACCUCCCCCCACAGCCCCCCAACAACAGGGAUGGGGACAUGGAUGAGGAGCAUGGCAGGGAGGAGAUCCAAGAUGGCGCCGCGCAGGACGCCACGCCGCCGCCGCUCGUCCCACCGCUCUACGGGCCCCAUAGAGCCCCAUAG